AUGAGAGACGAGGAGCAGGCUGGUGGAGAUCAUCCGGUGGGAGAGGUGGUUUCCAAUGAGGAGAACACCGGGAAACCAACUUCAAAUACCUGUCCUGUCCUCGUGGCGACACCUGGAUUUCGAAGGCGAAAACGACACACAGGCCCACCUGAGACGGACGACACUACCACAGUCACAUCAAUUGACGACGAGCCUGGAGACGACGUCCGGAUCGAUACGCCAACCCGAACGAAAAAACGGUGUCCUGAAAAUCUGCGAUCUUCAUCAGGACAAUCCCUUUCUCCGAUUCCAGUUCUUAAUCCUGGAGCAUUGUCACCUCUCGAGGACCCACAUGGCCAACGGGUGAUCGCCAACAUCCGGGAGCGGCAGAGGACACAAUCUCUCAACGACGCUUUUGCUUCUUUGCGUAAAAUAAUACCAACGCUGCCUUCGGAUAAGCUGAGUAAGAUUCAGACUCUUAAACUGGCGUCGCGCUACAUCGACUUCUUGUACCAGGUUCUGCAAAGCGACGAGAUGGAUUCAAAGAUUAACGGCUCUAACUACCUGGCUCACGAGAGACUAAGCUAUGCCUUUUCUGUCUGGAGGAUGGAGGGGGCUUGGUCCACCAUGUCUGCCAGUCAUUAGCCUGUUCUUUAAUGACACAUGUUUGUCACCUUUUUAACUAGUAAGUCUCAGGUUACAUCAUCGGUUUGGCUCACGUCAAGCAAAGACUGUGACUGAAUGAGAAAGCCCCGUUGAAAUAUGUUUUUCAAGCCCACAUUUUAGUUUAUAUUGAUACAUCUCUAUCCGGCUUUUGUUUUUGUUGUUGCCAUCGAACAAGAAUGCUAAUUUUAA